AUGGUAAAUGAAAGCAAAAACAUGUACAUCCCGGAGGACACCCUUGAGAACCAUCAAGGCUCCGACUACUCUCCACCUCCCCCCCUGCCUCGGCCUCCUCCCCCCGGCCUGACAAAUGAGCACAGCGGCGGUGGCAGCCAUGGUGACCACGUUGGCGGAGGGGGCGGGGUCAAUCACGGGGUGGGCGUGGUGGGCCUGGCUCCAGAGCACAUGGCCACUCCGGGGGCGGCCCUGAGCUGGCAGGCGGCCAUCGACGCUGCACGGCAGGCAAAGGCGAUAGGCAAUGCUGUGUCAGUUGGAGGGGCGGGGCUUGGGUCGGGAGGCGGCGGGCCCAUCUCCACGGCUAGCUCCACGCAACGGAAGAGACAACACUAUAGCUCCAAGCCCAAGAAACAGACAACGACGACAGCCACAAGGCCGCCACGGGCCCUACUCUGUCUUACGCUCAAGAACCCCAUCCGCAGGGCCUGCAUCAGCAUCGUAGAGUGGAAACCAUUUGAGAUCAUCAUCCUGAUGACCAUUUUUGCCAACUGUGUGGCCUUAGCCGUCUACAUCCCCUUCCCUGAGGAUGACUCGAACGCCACCAACUCCAACCUGGAGCGUGUGGAGUAUCUGUUCCUCAUCAUUUUCACAGUGGAGGCGUUCCUAAAGGUAAUAGCCUAUGGCCUGCUCUUCCACCCCAAUGCGUACCUGAGGAAUGGCUGGAAUCUGCUCGACUUCAUCAUUGUAGUCGUAGGGUUAUUCAGCGCCAUCUUGGAGCAGGCCACCAAGGGGGACGGGGGCACUCCCAUCGGAGGGAAAGCAGCAGGCUUCGAUGUCAAGGCUCUGAGGGCAUUCAGAGUACUCCGACCCCUCAGACUGGUGUCUGGAGUGCCAAGUUUACAGGUAGUGUUGAACUCCAUAAUCAAAGCCAUGGUUCCUCUGCUCCACAUCGCCCUGCUGGUCCUCUUUGUCAUCAUCAUCUAUGCCAUCAUCGGCCUAGAGCUCUUCAUGGGCAAGAUGCACAAGACCUGCACUCAUGAGCAUAUAGGCACCAUUGCAGAGGAGAAGCCUGCACCAUGUGCACCUGCCGGGGCUUAUGGUCGACACUGUUCUCAGAACGGAACCGAAUGCAAAAUGGGAUGGGAGGGCCCGAACGACGGCAUUACCAACUUCGACAACUUUGCCUUUGCCAUGUUGACGGUGUUCCAGUGUAUAACCAUGGAAGGCUGGACGGACGUGCUAUACUGGAUGCAGGAUGCUAUGGGCUAUGAGCUGCCAUGGGUCUAUUUUGUCUCUCUCGUCAUCUUCGGCUCCUUUUUCGUUCUCAAUCUCGUUCUGGGGGUGUUGAGCGGAGAGUUUUCCAAGGAGAGGGAGAAAGCCAAGGCUCGUGGUGACUUCCAGAAACUCAGAGAAAAACAGCAACUGGAGGAGGACCUCAAGGGCUAUUUAGACUGGAUCACUCAGGCUGAAGACAUUGACCCAGAGAAUGAAGAGGAGGGCAUGGACGAUGAUAAACCCAGAAAUCUGAGCAUGCCAGCCAGUGAGAAUGAAUCAGUCAACACAGACAAUGCCCCCGGGGGAGACGUGGAGGGUGAGACCUGCUGUACCCGGCUAGCAAAUAGGAUCUCCAAAUCCAAGUUCAGUCGCUACUCUCGAAGGUGGAACAGGCUAUGCAGAAGAAAGUGCCGGGCGGGGGUCAAAUCUCAAGUUUUCUAUUGGCUGGUCAUCUUCCUGGUUUUCCUCAACACACUCACCAUCGCCUCUGAACAUCACAAGCAGCCUCAGUGGUUAACGGACGUACAGGACAUAGCCAAUAAGGUGUUGCUAGCACUCUUCACUGGUGAGAUGCUGUUGAAGAUGUACAGUCUGGGCCUACAGGCGUACUUCGUUUCGCUCUUUAACCGCUUUGACAGCUUUGUAGUAUGUGGAGGAAUCCUGGAGACCAUUCUAGUGGAGACCAAGGUCAUGUCUCCUCUCGGCAUCUCUGUGUUACGUUGUGUGCGCUUGCUACGGAUCUUCAAAAUAACCAGAUACUGGAACUCACUGUCCAACCUGGUGGCCUCCCUGCUAAACUCUGUCCGCUCCAUCGCUUCGCUGUUGCUCCUGCUCUUCCUCUUCAUCAUCAUCUUCUCCCUGCUCGGCAUGCAGCUCUUUGGAGGGAAGUUCAACUUCGACGAGACCAGACGCAGCACCUUCGACAACUUUCCCCAGUCUCUGCUCACCGUGUUUCAGAUCCUAACAGGAGAGGACUGGAACUCUGUAAUGUACGAUGGCAUCAUGGCGUACGGCGGACCGUCCUUCCCUGGCAUGCUGGUCUGCAUCUACUUCAUCAUCCUCUUCAUCUGCGGAAACUAUAUCCUGCUGAAUGUCUUCUUGGCCAUCGCUGUCGACAAUCUGGCAGACGCUGAGAGCCUGACAUCUGCCCAGAAAGAAGAGGAGGAGGAGAAGGAGAGGAAGAAACUAGCCAGGCUCGCCAGUCCAGAGAAACGCCACAACAACGAGAAGCCGCCUCUGAAGGAGGAGAAGAAGAAGAAGAAGAAGGAGAAAAUAGAGCUGAAGUCCAUCACUUCAGAUGGAGAAACAAACACUGCUACUAAGAUCAACAUGGAUGACUACUGUGGUGAUGAGAAUGAAGAGAAGAAUCCAUAUCCUGCAAACGAUUACAUUGGUGACGAGGAGGACGAGGAGCCAGAGAUGCCGGUGGGGCCGAGGCCGCGGCCACUUUCCGACGUUCAGCUGAAGGAGAAGGCCAUUCCCAUGCCUGAGGCUCGAGCUUUCUUCGUCUUCAGCCACACCAACAAAUUCAGGGUUCUGUGCCAUAAGAUCGUCAACCACAACAUCUUCACCAACCUCAUCCUCUUCUUCAUCCUGCUCAGCAGCAUCAGUCUGGCAGCAGAGGACCCGGUCAAGAACGACUCUUUCAGAAACCAGAUCUUGGGCUAUGCAGAUCAUGUCUUCACCGGACUCUUCACCAUAGAAAUCAUUCUAAAGAUGACAGCCUAUGGAGCCUUCGUCCACAAAGGUUCAUUCUGUAGAAACUAUUUUAACAUUCUGGACCUGGUGGUGGUCAGUGUGUCCCUCAUCUCCUCUGGAAUACAGUCCAGUGCCAUUAAUGUGGUGAAGAUCCUGAGAGUUCUGCGAGUGCUCAGACCCCUGAGAGCCAUCAACAGAGCCAAGGGCCUAAAGCACGUGGUGCAGUGCGUGUUUGUUGCCAUCAGGACCAUCGGCAACAUCGUCAUUGUCACCACGCUGCUCCAGUUCAUGUUUGCCUGUAUUGGAGUACAGCUUUUUAAGGGCAAGUUCUUCUUUUGUUCAGACGAGUCGAAACAGACUCAGUCAGAUUGCAGGGGUUCCUACAUCAUGUAUAAGGACGGAGAUGUGGGAAAGCCUCAAAGAUCCCAAAGACGGUGGGAGAACAGUGAAUUUAACUUUGAUGACGUCCUGCAAGGCAUGAUGGCUCUGUUUGCUGUGUCUACCUUUGAGGGCUGGCCAGGGUUACUGUACCGGGCCAUAGACUCUCACGCUGAAGAUGUCGGACCCGUUUACAACUACCGCGUGGUUAUCUCCAUCUUCUUCAUCAUCUACAUUAUCAUCAUUGCCUUCUUCAUGAUGAACAUCUUCGUCGGUUUCGUCAUCGUCACAUUCCAGGAGCAAGGAGAGCAAGAGUAUAAGAACUGUGAACUGGACAAGAACCAGCGUCAGUGUGUGGAAUAUGCCUUGAAGGCCCGCCCAUUGCGCCGCUACAUCCCUAAGAACCCCUACCAGUACAAGGUGUGGUAUGUGGUGAACUCCACCUACUUUGAGUACCUGAUGUUCACACUCAUCCUCCUCAACACCAUCUGUCUGGCCAUGCAGCAUCAUGGGCAGACCUCAAAUUUCAAUGACGCCAUGAACAUCCUCAACAUGCUCUUCACUGGACUCUUCACUGUGGAGAUGAUCCUGAAACUGAUUGCCUUCAAACCAAGGGGGUACUUUAGUGAUCCCUGGAAUGUGUUUGAUUUCCUCAUCGUAAUUGGCAGCAUAAUAGACGUCAUUCUCAGUGAGAUCAGCCCAGCUGACUCCUCCUCGUCCUCGUCCUCCUCCUCUUCGUCCUCCUCCUCCUCUUCCUCCACUCACCCCCCUGUGGUAAGGCCAAUGGGACUACAGAACUCUGAAGAGAACGCCAGGAUCUCCAUUACCUUCUUCCGGCUGUUCCGCGUGAUGAGGCUGGUGAAGCUGCUGUCUCGCGGGGAAGGGAUUCGGACCCUGCUGUGGACCUUCAUCAAAUCCUUCCAAGCUCUGCCAUACGUAGCUCUGCUUAUAGUGAUGCUAUUCUUCAUUUACGCUGUCAUCGGCAUGCAGAUGUUUGGUAAGAUAGCGCUGCGGGACCACACGCAGAUCAACAGGAACAACAAUUUCCAGACGUUCCCUCAGGCAGUGUUGCUGCUGUUCAGAUGUGCAACUGGUGAGGCGUGGCAGGAGAUCAUGCUGGCGUGCUCGCCCGAUAAGCCAUGUGAGAAGGGAUCGACCAAUGAGAACAGCUUGCCAUACGAGGACUGUGGCAGCCAGUUUGCCAUCAUUUACUUUGUCAGCUUCUACAUGCUCUGUGCCUUCCUGAUCAUCAACCUGUUUGUGGCUGUCAUCAUGGACAACUUUGACUACCUGACGCGUGACUGGUCGAUCCUGGGGCCGCAUCAUCUUGACGAGUUCAAGAGGAUCUGGGCAGAAUAUGACCCAGAAGCCAAGGGGAGGAUAAAGCAUCUUGAUGUGGUGACUCUGCUCCGGAGAAUCCAGCCCCCCCUCGGCUUUGGAAAGCUUUGUCCCCACAGAGUGGCCUGCAAGCGUCUAGUGUCAAUGAACAUGCCUCUGAACAGCGAUGGAACAGUAAUGUUCAACGCCACGCUGUUUGCCCUGGUCAGAACCGCACUCAGGAUUAAGACGGAUGGUAACCUGGAGCAGGCCAACGAGGAACUAAGGGCAAUAGUGAAGAAGAUCUGGAAGAGAACCAGCAUGAAGCUCUUAGAUCAAGUAGUGCCCCCUGCUGGUGACGAUGAGGUAACAGUCGGGAAGUUCUACGCAACCUUCCUCAUCCAGGAGUAUUUCCGCAAGUUUAAGAAGAGGAAAGAACAAGGGCUGGUGGCCAAGGUGGCUCCGAAAACUGCCCUCUCUCUGCAGGCGGGCCUGCGGACAUUGCACGAUAUUGGUCCAGAGAUUCGGAGGGCAAUCUCUGGAGACCUGACUGUGGAGGAGGAGAUGGAUAAAGGCCUGAAGGAGCCUGUGUCGGCUGUAUCUGAGGACGAUAUCUUCAGGCGAACGGGUGGGUUGUUCGGCAACCACGUCAACUACUACAACCAGAAUGAUGGCCGUGUGUCCUUCCCACAGUCCUUCACUACCCAGCGUCCCUUGCACAUCAGCCAGAAGGGCUCACCUUGCGAAGGUGAGAGCCCGUCCCAUGAAAAGCUCAUGGACUCGACCACUUUCACUCCGUCCUCUUACUCCUCAUCAGGCUCAAAUGCCAACAUCAACAACGCCAACAACACCGGCAUGGUCGUAGUUCCAACUGAGGGAGGCAGUCGAUUCCCGAGCCCGACCAUAAGCACUGUUGACGGACACACAGGACAGCCGCUCACCCCCAUCCUGCUGCCAAGAUCUGCGUGGUGCUUUCCUCCAAAGAGCUCGGACUCAAGUGACAGCCAUCUGCCGAUCCUACGGAGAGGGGAGGAUUCCACGGAGGAGACGUAUGAUGAGAGCUACGUGGACGACAUGGAGUACCACGAGGAUGACCACUCGCUCUCUUCUGACAUGCUCGUGUAUCAUGAUGAAACAUGUAAGCAGUUGACUCCCAUGGAGGAAGGAGAGGAGGUAGAGGACAGAAGAGGAGGAGGAGGGUGGCAGUCUCCCAGGAGAGUCUUCCUCUGCCCCACUUCACUGGGGCGGAGAUCGUCCUUCCAUCUGGAGUGUCUCAGGAGACAGUCAAGGCCAGACGUCUCCCAGAAGACAGCUGUGCCCUUACGCCUCGUACAUCAUCAGGCGCUGGCAGUGGCAGGGUUGAGUCCUCUGCUAAGAAGGAGUCACUCACCCACCCUCUUCAGCCGGCUGUGCUCCACGCCUCCAGCCAGUCCCACAGCCCAUGGCAGUGAUGCCUCCUACCAGCGAGUGCCCUCUCUGAGGCUAGAGGGCACAAACUCCCAUGAAAAGCUCAAUACCAGCUUACCCUCUGUCAACUGCGGGCCCUGGUAUAGUGACAGUAAUGGGAACAGCCGAGGGCCUAGUCCCAGUCUCACCCCCAGCGGGUCAAUGUCCAAUCAAAGAGCACCUCGGCCGGUGUCACUCACAGUGCCCUCCCUACUGGGAAAAGACUACAGCUCGUCUCAUGGCAGCGCAGGCAGUCUGGUGGAGGCGGUGCUAAUAUCAGAGGGCUUGGGUCAUUUCGCUCAGGACCCGUCAUUCAUCGAGGCAACCAAAGCCGAGUUGGCUGAUGUCUGUGACAUGACCAUCGAGGAGAUGGAACACGCCGCCAACAACAUUCUCAACGGCAACACCACCACCACCACCCCCACCACGAACGUCACGUCCAGCACCUCCUCUAACUCCCAGAACAGCCCCAAUGGCAACCUCCUCCCCUUCCACACAGAAGCAGCAUCAAUGCACAGGGACCGAGUGGGCAGCUUGAGUCCCAGCGAGGGCGGGGGAGAGGCAGGAGGGAGCAGAAGCUCCGUCCAUGAGCCGUCCUCUAUGGAGGAACGGCAGGAGCUACUAGCAGGGGGGAGAAGACAAGAGGAAGAGGAGGAGGAGGAGGAGGAAGAGGCAGGGGAGAGGGAGGAGGGGCACCACAGAGCCUCAGAUGGAAUUGGAGAAACGCGGCAGAGGAACAGCGGGCUGUUGGAAGAUGAGGAUAUGGAGUGUGUGACGAGUUUGUAG